AUGGCCCUAGAUCAAAACGAACACCCCUACACUUUUCAAAAGCAGGAGGAAGAGAAGGAAUUUGAUCUGGGUUCUGACGAUACCGAGGUCCCUUUGCCCCUAACCGUCACUUCAAGGGUAUUGUAUAUGUUGGGGGAUAUAACGUCGGGGCCUGCUUAUAGGUUCGUGCAAUGGCUGGAGCUGGUCCGUAAACGCAGUAAGCACAGGUCCUCAGGAUUCCCACACCGCCCUCACCGCAAGGAGAGUAUGUUUCUGAGUGCAGGAAAGUCAAAUCUUGACUUGAAGAGUUCCCAACCUUCUGAGCAAGCUACAGAAAUCAGUUUGUGGGAAAGACUUGGUAAAGCUUCACUGUUGGAUAUUGAAUCAAGCUUCUUCUCCUGGAACAUACUUUCUUCCCUUCACCAUACUGAGCACAGCAGCAGCACUGAGCAUUCUGAAGAUGAGAUGAAUAAACCACUGGAGGUCACUGUCAAUUCCGGGGGUGUUGUUUUCUUUGCACUUUUCAACCAAUCUGAAAAUGAUGAAUCUUCUCCCAAGGAAGCUGCGGCUGUGAUAAAGUUCUCAUCUUCGAGGAUGGCCACCCAGUCAGAACGACUUGGCUAUGAAUUCGCGAAGUGGCUAGGUGUCCAAACCCCACAAGCUAGAGUAAUUCACAGUACAAGUGCAGAGUGGCUGCAAAUCAGAGAGGCUGCAGAAAAUGCAAAAGCGGUAGCAAUUGCAGAAGGAGAUGAAAUUGGUGAAACGACAUGUUCAGAACUUCUAGAAGCUCUUGAGCUCAGUCGCUGCCUUUUAUUGAUGAAUUAUGUGCAUGGGUCUCCUUUAUUAGAAAGCUCAAAUGCGUUUGAUUCACGAGAAGCAGCAGAAAAGACUGCAUUGGCCCUAGGCAGGGUCUUGAUGUUGGACCUUGUCAUAAGAAAUGAGGAUCGGCUUCCUUGUCGCCACCUCAGGUGGCGUGGGAACUCCGCAAAUUUGCUGUUGGCUGAAAAAGUAGCCACUUCGAACAUUGAUGCACUGGAGUUGGCCUUUGAUUCUGCAAUCAAGAGAUAUAGACCAAAAGUAAUUCGUGCACUUCAGAAAGAAAGAAGAGCAACUUCAGUUGACAGUAGACUAAGCACUCCUAAUCCAGGAUUGGUAUCACAGAGUUCUGAUCUUUCUGAUAUUACAGAAUCUCCUAAAUCUAGCAAUAUGAGCUUAAAGAGUGAAAAUUCAAUUGAUUCAACAACUUCUGAUUUGCAUAUUGUGGCGAUAGACUCUGGGGUUCCUCGUAGACCACCAGCGGGGAAGCGUGCAAAUGACCAGGUAAAUUAUCCUCGGUUAGUUGAGCUCCUCAUAAACAAUUCAGAGUAUGCAUCACAACUGCUGCAUGAAAUAACUGGAGGAAAAUUAGGAUCCUCACUAGAGGAUUCUGAUAGAAUACCCAACUUACCUGGAAGUGAAAUGACUUCAGUUGUGCAUGAAUUUCGGAGUGGUUUCCGAGCAGCUCUCAGAGACUUGCAGGGAUUUCACAUCUUCCUUCUUACUCUUCACCAGAAACUGGAUAUCCUGUUACGAGCAUUUCUCAGUAUCAUGAAUAAAUCAUCUUGUGGGGAUCUUGACAAAGAUGAUAUAGUGGUUCCUGAAUCUCCAUUGCAGGCUAAAGUUAAUGAGGCGCAUUGCCCUUCGCUAAGCAGGGAUUGGAUAAUUGUUGAUAACAGUUCAGAUUUGAAUGAUUCAGAAUCACAUAGAACAACUCCUAGGCCUUCGUCUUCAGGAUGUAAAGAAAUUUCAGAUUCUUGUUCUCCAAUGUCACGCGAUAGUUGGCCGGGAAAGUCCAGCAAGGGCAGUGGUGAACCCCUACGUAGCCUGCGAUUGACUUCAAAACUCCGUGACUUCCACAAAUGUGCGAAGGUGGAUGCUGAAUUAAACAGGGAAAUAGAACAAUGGAAUGAUAUGCUUAAAAAUGAUGCAAUUAAAUUGUGCCAUGAAAAUAAUUUCAAUACAGGGUUCUUUGAAGGUAGUGAUAGCAAUUGUGUUGUUGAUGCUUACGAAUUGAAGGUUAGGCUUGAGCAUAUUCUCGAGAGGAUAGGAUUGAUAUCUGAUGCAGGAAAUACAGAGAAGCCAUCGUCAAUCUCAGCUAGCCUGUUCAUUGGUGGGGCACUAGCAGCAAGAUCUGUGUACACUCUGCAGCAUUUAGGGAUUACACAUAUCUUAUGCUUGUGUUCCAAUGAAAUUGGACAGUCAGAUUCUCAGUUUCCUGAAUUAUUUGAUUACAAAAACUUUUCAAUAUGUGAUGAGGAAGAUACAAACAUCAACGAUCUCUUUGAUGAAGCACAUGAUUUCAUCGAUCACGUUGAAGAAGUUGGUGGGAAGGUUCUAGUUCACUGCUUUGAAGGGAAAAGUAGGAGUGCAACAGUGGUGCUUGCUUACUUAAUGCUAAGAAAAAACUAUACUUUAUUGCAAGCAUGGAAUAUGCUAAAGCGAGUUCACCGAAGAGCUCACCCUAAUGAUGGAUUUGCAAAGAUUCUUUUGGAUCUAGAUCUUAAGUUGCAUGGUAAAGUUUCUAUGGAGUGGCAACAACGCAGACCAUCGAUGAAGGUUUGUCCUAUCUGUGGAAAGAAUGCUGGCUUGAGCAGCAGCUCAUUGAAGCUUCAUUUGCAGAAAGCACACAAGAAACUGUCGUCUGGUAGUGUGGACAGUGCUACGACUAUGGAAAUACAGAAGGCAAUUGACGCACUAAAAAUAAGCCGAGGUGGGAGUGUCAGCCCUACGCAAAGACAAUCUCAUUCGAUGAUGGACGAAUAG